AUGCAACAAAGGAAUGAAGAAAUAGAGGAUAGUCUUGCAGCUAAUCAAAGAUGCUACACCCCGCGAGUGCGAGUGGGUACAUCAAUAAAUCAAUCAGUCAACCUUCCAGAUGGGAAGGCUUUUUUGUGGCUUGAUUAUAUCAUAGUAACUAA